AUGCAACUCCUGACGCUCCUUGCGGCUGGGCUGUUCUCGACAGCCCUGGCUCACCCAGAGUCUUUGCCUGUUUCUGAGAUUCAGCGUCGUGGUGCCAUCUCCCGAAGAUGUGAGACUUCUGCAGCCAACUUCAACAAGAAGCGGUUCGCCAAGCGCAUGUCAAAACGAUGGGCUGGCGCCGGCAACACGACUUACGAGAUCACGACUGAAGCACCUUACUACGAUACUAUUCAGAACGAUACAUGUAUUCUGAGCCCUAUCGUUACCGAAGGUCCCUACAUCUGGCCCCGUUCCCAAACCCUUCGACAAGACAUGUCUGAAGGCCAAGCCGGAGUGCCUUUAUGGCUGGAUAUUGGCGUGCUCGACGUGAAUACCUGCGAGCCCCUCCCCAAUGUUCUCCUCAACUUCUGGCACUGCAACGCUACUGGAAGCUACUCAAGCUUUACGGGACUGUCACCCAACACCCCCUUCCUCGACCUUCUCUCGGAGCUCAAUAUCACCGAGUCCGACUUUGAGAUUGGUGUAACGGAUCUGCACACUGAUGACACUACCUUCCUCCGUGGCCAAUGGCCCACAGACUCUGAGGGUAUGAUGGAAAUGAAGACGACAUUCCCUGGUUUCUACGUUGAACGCGCUGUCCACAUCCACGUCCAGGCCUACACAGAUUGGACUUUGGCUGGCAACGGCACCGUAUCUACUGGCCACAUCGCAUCGACCGGACAGAUCUACUUUGGCGAAGAUGUCUUGGAGACAAUUCUGGCCCUGGAACCGUAUGUGUCUCACACCGAAAUCAACCGAACCACGAAUGCCGAGGACAACCUCAUCCCUCUCGGCGAGGCAAAUGGCUACAGCCCAAUGAUCAGCGUCGUUCCCGCCGACGGUGUCAACAUUGAGAACGGAAUUAUUGGAUACAUUACUUUCGGAAUUGACCCCAAUGCAGAUGGCGUGGACAACUCCAGAUCAUCGGGAUAG